UUUCCUUAGGAUAGAGAAAUAAAAGUGAUCAUGGCGAGAAGAGAUACCGAAUCAGUGUACUUUGGCAGCAGCCUCGAGUUAGUUUUAGAGCUUCUUUACCAUAGUCGUAAAAUUUAGAGAGUUGUCAUUGCAGAGCGCUGCUGCCCAGAAUGACCGAAGCUGGACGGUGAGAAGCUGACGGUCGGGAUCCAUCAUUAAUAUGUCGUUUUAAAUCUCAGAGGAAGACUUAAUCAGGGGUUUUCUCUCUAGAGUUACAGCCAUGUCUCUGCUUUGUGUUAGAGUAAAGAAAGCUGUUCUCCAUGGACCUCCAGAUAAGUUUAAUGCUUAUGUCACACUGAAGGUCCAGAAUGUCAAAAGCACCACCAUCACUGUGCGUGGAGACCAGCCGUGCUGGGAGCAGGACUUCAUGUUUGAGAUCAGUCGGCUGGACCUGGGGCUCAUUGUGGAGGUGUGGAAUAAGGGACUCAUUUGGGACACCAUGCUGGGCACCUCCUUCAUUCCGCUGAAUGGGGUGCGCCAGUCAGAUGAGGAGGGGCCUGGCGACUGGACAUAUCUGGACGCAGAAGUCUUGAUGAAGGCAGAUGAGAUCUACGGCACCAAGAACCGAACGCCCCACAAAGUCCUGAUGGACACGCGCUUUGAGCUGCCUUUCGAGAUUCCUGAGGAUGAGGCUCGUUACUGGACAAGGGAUCUGGACCAGAUCAACACCAUGGGCAUCCAUGAUGAGUAUCCGCUCCAUGAUGACGGUCACAGCCAGACACUACCCUCCACGACAUCACAGUGCUCUUUGGAUGAUUUGGACAGUGCUGUGGAUGACCGGGACAGUGACUACCGCAGCGAGACGAGCAACAGCCUGCCCCCGCGGUACCACACCACGGCCCAGCCCAACUCCUCUCUGCACCAGUACCCCAUGGGCCCACGGCACCAGCUGAACCAGCUGGACUCCUGCACGGACUCUGUGCACAGUCUGGAGCUGGACUACCGGGAACACCAUGUUAGCAGGUAUGCACAGCGGUACGAGACAAUCGAUCGGCGAAGAAGAAAAAGGCUCCGGGACCCCGGGGGGGUUCUCCAAACUGAGGCGGAAAGGGAUGAGCCAUUUCCUCCCGACCUGGCGCUCCUGCGCCAGAAGAGAGGCGAGCUGGUGUUGCGUCAGGUGGCGGAGAUGGAGGAGGAGGACGAGCACAUGACGCCAUGCCUUAGGCCGUACAGGAACGGCCUGCUGUACAAAACGAGACUGUGGGCCAAGAACAAGCUGGAGAACACCUUGGAGAAUUAUGUGGCGUAUCAAGAGGAAGAGGCCGCCAGAAUGAGAGGUGUUUCUUUCGACCCAGAAGUCGAUGAACUCGAGUACCCACUGGGCUCUGAGGAAGAAUUUGAAGAGUAUUUGGCAGAGGCCAUGUACUCAGAGAAUGGGAGAAGUUACAGCCACAGAAGAUAUACCAACUCUUACGGUGGUUACUCAGACAAGCCUCUGGGUUAUCGAGAUAAGAAAAGUGGGAAGAAUAAAAUAGGUGGAUGGGCGCCAGAAGCUAUGUUAUCACCCGUGGAAGAGCCAAGUGAUGAGUAUGUCGAUCCUAUGGAUGAGCUGCAGUGUCUGGUUGAAACUGUGUCAGAGUAUCUUGCUGAGAAAGAGGAAGAGAUAAACAAAUAUGGCUCCUUGCCCAAAUCUCCAAAGUCACGGUUAUCCUCUCAAGGUAGCACAAGGACAGAGUCUGUUGGAGAAGACCCAAACAUUAAUUCAAAAGAUGCUAAGGAUCAACAGAGGAUGCAGGUGAAAAUCCGAGUCCUGGUCCAGCAGCAGGAGCAGGUCCAGCGCCCCAAGGUCCAAGACCUCGAGGACCGCCUGGUCCAAAUCAGGGAGCUCAGGGUGGCCCACAACGAAAUCCUCAAGGGCCUAGGCCAUUGCAAGGACGGCCUUCACCGCAGGGGCCUCCAACAGCAACAGCAAGCUCCAAUAAGCAGCCAAAGCGCCCAGACCAUCCAUCCACAAAGCCAGCCUCAACGCCAGCAACCUCCCCCUCAGCAAAAUGCACCUCCUCCACAAACAGGGGGGCUUUUCUCAGGGCUAUUAAAGUUCACAGAAAAUGUAGCAACUGAUGUGCAAGCUUCACCUCAGCAAAGGGUUCCCCUUGCCAAUCAAGGGUCACUGCAGCAACCACCACCAAACUCCUCUCAGCAAACACCUCCACAACAAGGAGGUAUUUUAUCAGGUCUGUUUAAAUUGGCUUCAACAGAAAAUGUAUCCAGCAAUCUACACCCCACAACUCAGCAGCAGCAGCAGCAGCAGCAGCAACCAGCUACUCAUCAACCACAGUACCAACAAGGCAACAUUCAAAACACUCAAGGGCCGAGACAAAGGAAUCCUCAGUUGUCAAGAGCACCAAGCACUCAAGCAGCCCCACAGCAAGAACACAGACCUGGUAAUGCUGGACAACCACAGCAGGCUCCACCCCAAGGAGGCCUUCUGUCAGGCCUGUUUAAACUUGCUUCAUCAGAUAAUAUUGCCACUACUCAGGCCACAACCACCCAGCCUCAACCAUCAUCUGCAAAUAAUCAACCCCCUCAAACUCAACAACAGCGUAGAAACUCACUGAGGCAGAAUCAGAGUCCUUCUCAGGAUGGGUCACCACAGCAGCCAAGUCAAUCUACUGGUCUGCUCUCCGGUAUAUUUAAGUUGUCAUCAUCUGAGAAUGUCUCAACACAACCACAACCACCACCUGUCAGACAGCAGAACCCAAACUCUGUGUCAGCACCAUCACAAAGUCCCUCUCAACCUCCUGCCCAAGCUCAGGAUAAUGCAAACCAGACAGGAAUUUUGUCUGGACUCUUUAACAAAUUAACAUCAUCUUCUGAAGAUACACCAUCAACCACACAGGUAGCACCUGUAGAUACAAAGAAACAACAAUCCACUCCUUUGACUGGGCCAGGACCGCAUCAAAGUCAAACACCUCGACAGCUGCCACAGCUGCCUUCCAAACCGACUCAAGAGCCACCUGAAAAGCCACCAGCUCAACAAGGAUUUUUCUCAGGACUCUUUGGUCGGUCCACCACUGAAGAAGUGCCUUCAACCAAACCAGAGCAAGGUCCUACACAAAAUAUAGCUCAGAGGACAGUUUCAGGCAGUUCGUCAGGUGUUCUAUCAAACUCCGCUGCUGCUAUUCAGCAUAGUAACAGUGCAGGACCCACAUAUGAUCCUGCAAGCAUUUAUAGACGCCCUGGAAUGUAUUUUCCCAUCACCCGAUGUCAAAGAAGGUGUACGUUGGGGUAUUUGCCCAUGGCUGCAGACAGUGACAGUUUAGAUUUGAGAACUACAGCUAGCUAUGCUCGGUCAUUGCAGAAUAGACCAUCUUACAUUUCAAACAGCACUGGUAAUUUGACUCAAUCAUAUUAUCAAGAUCCAUACCAGUUGCGAAAUCCAAUGAUGUCUUUUAGUGUAGAAAAUCUUCAUUCCUUUCCACUGGGUAGUCCAAAUGUUGUAUCCCAACAAAGUCUACAUAGCAGCACAAAUUCUCUUCAUGGUAUGACAAGUCAAUAUGGUUAUCAAGAUCCAGCAACAUCUUACACAGAAUAUGGAGAUGCUCUUAACAAUGAUGAAGGAAAUUGGAUACAAGCAUCUACUAUCUGGCAGCAGUUCAACAAUGAAUCACAAAAUUAUUACCCUGCGGAUGCUUCAUAUACACAGACACUUGAAGGUACUUCACAACAAACUUCUCAGCCAUGGAACACCUCAGGGGUAUAUAGCAAUCAGCCUAAUUUACCUUCUCAGCCAUAUGCAAAUAUGCAGUACAGUCAAGAACAGUUGGCAGCUACACCAGUAGAUGUUCAGAGAAACAUCACUGAAAACACCACCUAUAGGGAAAGAUUGUGGAGUAGCUAUACCAGUUUAGACAGAUUGGGGAAUCAAGAGGAGGAUGGAGCUCUGAACCUGAGCACCAAGAGGGGAAAUGCUAAAUUUGGUAAAUGGCAUUCUUUCAAUGAAGGCAGCUCUUACAGUUUGAAUCGUGUUUCUUAUCAUGAGGGUUUUUAUGAGGAGAGUGCGCCAAACCUUUCUUAUGCAGCGAAUGCACAGUAUGGCUUCAAUGGAAACCCAGACUAUUAUCGACAACAGUGUCAACAACCGGGCACAGCCACCAUCAACAACCUCAAGGAUAUUGCCUACACCACCAUCAACAACCUCGAGGAUUUUGCCUACACCACCAUCUACACAAUGGACCUGGUACCCAACCUCCACAAGCUGCACCACCUGCAGGCUCUAGUGCUUCAGGUGCUGCUCCACCCAGGCUUUUAUCUGGAUCAUCAAGCCCUACUCCAAGUCCUCAACAGAGCACUCCCCAAACUGGCUCCUUUCUCGGAGGGCUUUUGUCUGGACCAUCAAGCUCUACUCCAAGUCCUCAACAGAGCGCUCCACAAACUGGCUCCUUUCUUGGAGGGCUUUUGUCUGGACCAUCAACCUCUACUCCAAGUCCUCAACAGAGCGCUCCACAAACUGGCUCCUUUCUUGGAGGGCUUUUGUCUGGACCAUCAAGCUCUACUCCAAGUCCACAGCAGAGUGCUCCCCAAGCUAGUUCCCUUUUCGGAGGGCUUUUAUCUGGACCAUCUAACUCUGCUCCAAGUCCUGGCAAAGGUCUAUUUUCAAUGUUUGGAGCCCCUAGUCCACAGCAGCAACCUCCAGCAAGACCACCAGCACAGCAACAACAUCGAGCAAAACCACCCGCACAGCAGCAAUCUCCAGCAAGGCUACCAGCACAAGCUCCACCAAAAGCUCCAGGACAGGGUCCGGAACAAGGGCCUACUGUGUCAGUGCCUCCAUCUGUCCCAGUCUCUGAGCCACCUAAAGAGAUGCCAGCCAAAUACCUGGUCCAGAGUUCUGAGGGGCCAUCCUUGCCACCUCAAACAGAACCCCAACAACCAACAGCUGCUUUAUCAAUGUCAUCAGCACCAGCAGCAGGAGCAUCAACCACAACAACAACCACGGCAGCAGACACAACAACAAUGUCUGCAGACACAACAACAACAACAACAACAACAGCCACUCAGUCAGUUUCAUCUGAAACAAGUGAACCCAAAGGUCCUGGACAAGCAGGGGCUGCACCAGGAGCAUCAGCUCCCCCCCAAGAGCCACCUGGUAAAGGACUGCUCUCGAUGUUUGGUGGACCUGCCCCCCAGCAGAGUGCACCUCAAGCAUCAUUAUUCGGGGGGAUUCUUCCUGGAGCUGCUGCCUCAAAGGAAGUCCCUGGAAAAGGACGAAAAGCCUGAUGCAGCAAAUGACCAGCCCCCAGCCGCCUCGGUCUUUGGAGCUAAAUUAGGUUUCCCCUGGCAGAAAGACACUCUCAUGCCUUCCACACCACAACAGCCUGGCAUUGUCACAACACAACCAAAAGCUAACAAUGACGACACGGUCAUAACAAAUGGCACACACAUUGAAAGUCUCAGAAAAGACAACAGUGAGGUGAAGGAAGGUUCUGAAAUAGACAAGAUGACCAAGAAAGAACUCCCAGUGGACAGCAGUCGCUUCGGCUCAUCUGGUAACCUAAGCCAAGGUAGCUCGCAGCUAAGUGAGACCGGUCAGGAGAGUGCUGUUGGAUCUGAACUGGAGGAGUCCCAUCAUUCCUACCACAGUGGCUACCGCCUCAACAGUAAUGGGCACUUGCCCACAAAUGGACACUCUCACUGGGGAGAGGAUGAUGGGAUGAAACCCCCUUCCCUGGUUGGUUCCCUCAAGAGAGACGCCAUCUCUCCACUGGAGAGGAAGUCUGAGAAAUCUCUUAAAUGUUUCCAGGAUGAAGGUCCUCCUCUGCCAUUCACCCCCUCCAGGCUCCACUGGCUGAAGGCCGUCAACAAAGUGAGAGUUCAGCUUCAGGAGGAAAUGACACUGAGGGUCAUCCCUACUGGUUGGUUCGGCUCUCCACUGCUAUCGACACCUGGCAGCUUGGGAGCUGUCCAAAGCUGCCCUGACGUGACUCCGCUAAACAGCGGCUUCGCGAACAGCGGCGUCCGGCAUCUGAGCAACAGUAAUGGACACGAUGACACAGAUGCCACGGGAAUCCCCCCAAACAAGUGGGCCAAGAAAAGGGAUCUGGUCAAAAACAAGACCCAGAGCCCUAAAAUGGGACCCGGCUUCAGAAAAAAGAUCCAGAAGUUUUUACAUGGUCCCGGGGAACAGCCCAUACACAACUCACAAUAUACCCCUAUGGAGCUGGAGGAGGAGGAGGAGGAGGAGGAGGAGGACGUCACUUUAUGCAAGCCGAGACGUAGACCCACCAGUUAUCACUCAGGCAUGCAGUCUAUGCCCAAUGGCCACAGUCGUGUUUGUGCCUCCAGUAAGUCCUUCAUCGGAGAGGUGGAGCUAAAUCGGGAGGGAAAUGUCAGGAUACCAUGCACUAUCCAACACAAUGGGCCCAUGGCAGAUCAGCAGGGGUCGGGGGAGGAGAGCAGCUCGGACUAUGUUGACCAAGGAAAGGCUGCGGAAGCCACUCUGAGCCCUAGAAGAAGAAGCACUGGAAGAGAGGAAGAGAUGGAAGAGAGGCUCAGGGCAACAACGCGAGAAGGGUCGAGCACUAUAGUCGAGCAUAUUCUGAAAGAGCUGCAGGGCAUCAAUAAAAUUCAGGAAGAAAUCUCCGACCUCAGGCAGUACCUGUCCUCUGUCAAGGGCUCUGUGGAUGAAGUGUCGUGUUGUGUUGACGCUGUGUUGACAGAGAUUGAGGAGAUGUACACAGGAAAUGCUUAUGGUCCCCACAUGUCUCCAAGAACAAUGGGACGUCAUGCAAGUCCCCGUAGACCGGUAGCCACCCUACCGAGGAGACACAGCAGCCCACCUGUUAACCAGUACACCUUCCCCAAGGAUAAGGAAAGAGCAAUAGAGAGAGCCUUGCAGCAGAAGAGAGAGGUUAUAGCGUCUUACCAAGGUGUGGCUGCCGCCACAAGGCAAUGGCCUGAACGAGCAUCCUCACCUCGCAGCUCAGGGUCUCCAGUUUCAGGAGGUCAUACAUCCCGGCUCCCUUACCUGGAUAGGCGGUACGCUGCGGACUUCCAGAGCACUAGCUCGCUAUCCUCCUGUCCCAGCUGCAGGGCUGCGAGACGGGAGGACCAAUAUCGCUCGAGGAGCGCAGGCCUGCCAGCCAGCGCGAGCGAAUAUGGUGCAUGGAGUGGCGAAGCCGGGUGGAGCGAAGAGGACGCCUGUUCCUGCCACUGUAGCCUGGAAGAGGGCGAGACUUGUCGAGGGUCGGACACCGGCGAUGGAUACACUGGUGCGGACACCAGCAGUACUCCGGGUCACUCGUCUCGGAGCAGCUCCGAGCACCUUUCCCUGCUCUUCGGACGGUACUACGACUCCGCGUCGAGCUCUUCAAGUGUAGUGGACUGGAAGGCGCCAAGGGUGCAAUCGUUGGCGGGCGUGGAGUGUGACUGCACCCCCAACUGCCCUUACUCCCGCAGCUCCGGGUACCACACUAUAGAUGCGUAUGCAGAUGAUCUUGGCAGCGGUCCCUCCAGGAGUCUCAGUCACUCCACGGUGGCACUGACCGACUACGAUGCACAUUCGACCUGUGAGCGUUGCCUCUCAGCGGAGCGUCUGGACGCGGACUCUGCUGAGAGUACCGAGAGGGAGUGGCCCGAGCGGGUUCCGUGUCAGGACGCCAGUGAGGAGGACUGGGGGAACACGCCGGAGGACCCCGAGAUCGAGAGCCCCAACGCGGAGUAUGAUGUGAAGAAGCUGGGGCACGCCAUGACGACCUUUAGAUCAGCCCUGCACGGAGCUAUGAAGGAACUCGACACGCCCGACUCCCAUCGGUACCCUUAUGACGAGACCCUAUCAGACACUGCGUCAGUUGAUGGCUACCCUCAGAGAGCCCUCAGAGAGCCUCUUGAAGACAAGCAUGCUAUGCGAAGGGAGGGGAGAGGGCAUCCCAGAAAUGUCUUUGAUGUCUCCCCCUCGCUGCCUCAGCUGGACCAAGUCAGUGAAGCCUCCCUCAGGCUGGAUGACCACCAUAAUCAAGGGGUAUCAGAGGAUCAAGCUUAUGCCCAUCAAACACUCAGUGCCCCCGAGUCCCCUGUGAGCCCGGCCUACCCUCGCUGCGCCCAUAAAGGGAGCCUCUCCUUUGAACAGUCUCCCAGUAGGAGAGUUCGCCAUGGAGACCCACAGUCUUACACUCCGGAAUGUCCAUCAGAAGUCAACGCAGAGAGGGUGGGGCUGGACUCAGAGGGGGUGGAGCCUAAUCUGGAGAUGACAGAGGGAAGUCCGGACAGGGCUGUUUUUGCCCAAUCAAAGUGGCAGAGCAGCUUUAAGGAGGUUCUCAAGGAAAAAAAAGAAACCAGGCGUCGACUGUCAAGGACUGGACAAGAUUCCAAGUCCAUAUUUUCUGAUGAAGAAUCUUAUCUAGAGGGAAGUAAAGAAGACGUUCAGGGCCAUGAAAAUGGAGACAACUCCAAGCAAGCCUGGGUCAAAGCAGGGGGUGGUAGUGGACUGUUUGGGAUUGAUAGCAUGCCAGACCUGCGCAAGAAGAAGCACAUCCCUCUGGUCAGCGAUGUGUCCCUGGUGCAGGCCAGAAAGGCUGGGAUUGCCUCGGCCAUGGCCUCCCGCUCCUCCAUCAAGGACGAGGAACUGAAGACCCAUGUGUACAAGAAGACGCUGCAGGCUCUCAUCUACCCUAUCUCCUGCACCACGCCGCACAACUUUGAGGUGUGGACGGCCACCACGCCCACCUACUGCUACGAGUGCGAGGGCCUGCUCUGGGGCAUCGCCCGGCAGGGCAUGCGCUGCUCCGAGUGCGGCGUCAAGUGCCACGAGAAGUGCCAGGAGCUCCUUAACGCCGACUGCCUCCAGCGCGCUGCGGAGAAGAGUUCCAAGCACGGGGCCGAGGACCGCACCCAGAACAUCAUAAUGGCCAUGAAGGACCGCAUGAAGAUCCGAGAGAGGAACAAGCCGGAGAUCUUCGACAUGAUCCGCGACGUCUUCGUGGUCAGCAAGUCCCUCCACGGGCAGCAGAUGAAAAGCAUCAAGCAGAGUGUGCUGGACGGGACCUCCAAGUGGUCGGCCAAGAUCACCAUAACAGUUGUGUGUGCCCAGGGACUGCAGGCCAAAGACAAGACGGGCUCCAGUGACCCCUAUGUCACGGUGCAAGUGGGCAAGACCAAGAAGAGGACCAAGACCAUCUAUGGCAACCUCAACCCUGUCUGGGAAGAGAAGUACCACUUUGAGUGCCACAACUCGUCGGAUCGCAUCAAGGUGCGUGUGUGGGACGAGGACGAUGACAUCAAGUCCCGUGUGAAGCAACGCCUGAAGAGGGAGUCGGAUGACUUCCUGGGUCAGAGCAUCAUCGAAGUGCGCACCCUCAGCGGUGAGAUGGACGUGUGGUACAACCUGGAGAAAAGGACUGAUAAGUCAGCCGUGUCAGGGGCCAUAAGGCUUCAGAUCAGUGUUGAGAUCAAAGGAGAGGAGAAGGUGGCUCCAUACCAUGUCCAGUACACCUGUUUACAUGAGAAUCUCUUCCAUCACAUGACGGACGUCCUGGGACAGGGUGUGGUGAAAAUUCCGGAGGCCCGUGGCGACGACGCCUGGAAGGUUUACUUUGACGACGUGGCACAGGAGGUGGUGGACGAGUUCGCCAUGCGCUACGGCAUCGAGUCCAUUUACCAGGCCAUGACGCACUUUGCCUGUCUCUCCUCUAAGUAUAUGUGUCCUGGAGUUCCUGCCGUCAUGAGCACCCUGCUGGCCAACAUCAACGCCUUCUACGCCCACACCACCGCCUCCACCAACGUCUCGGCCAGCGACCGCUUCUCCGCCUCCAACUUUGGGAAAGAUCGGUUUGUGAAACUUCUGGACCAGUUGCACAACUCCCUGCGCAUUGACCUCUCCACAUACCGGAAUAAUUUCCCAGCCAGCAGUAAGGACCGUCUGCAGGAUCUCAAAUCCACUGUGGACCUCCUGACCAGCAUCACCUUCUUCAGGAUGAAGGUGCAAGAGCUGCAGAGCCCCCCCAGGGCCAGUCAGGUGGUGCGUGACUGUGUUCGGGCGUGUCUCAACUCCACUUAUGAGUACAUCUUCAACAACUGCCAGGAGCUCUACAGCCGCCAGUACCCCCCCCAACGAUAUGAGCUUCCACUGGAGGAACAGGGCCCGAGCAUCAAGAAACCCCUGGACUUCUGGCCCAAACUCAUCACCCUCAUCGUGUCCAUCAUCGAGGAGGACAAGAACUCGUACACACCUGUUCUCAACCAGUUUCCGCAGGAGCUUAAUGUGGGGAAGCUGUGCGCUGAGGUCAUGUGGGUCCAGUUCUCCCAGGACAUGAAGUACGCCAUGGAGGAGCAUGAGAAGCAUCGCCAGUGCAAGAGCGCCGACUACAUGAACCUGCACUUUAAGGUCAAGUGGCUCUAUAAUGAGUAUGUGAAGGACUUGCCCACCUUCAAAGGGGUCGUGCCCGACUACCCAGGAUGGUUCCAGCAGUUUGUUCUGCAGUGGCUGGACGAGAACGAGGACGUCUCCAUGGAGUUCAUGCACGGAGCGCUGGAGAGGGACAAGAAGGAUGGGUUCCAGCAGAUGUCUGAGCACGCUCUGUUCUCCUGCUCCGUGGUGGACAUCUUCACCCAGCUCAACCAGAGCUUCGAGAUCAUCAAGAAGCUCGAGUGCCCAGACCCCAAAGUCCUGGCCCUCUACAGCCGCCGAUUCGCCAAGACUAUUUCCAAAGUCCUGCUGCAGUACUGUGCCAUUUUGACCAAGAGCUUCCCAUCUUACUGUGACAAAGAGAAGAUACCCUGUGUUCUCAUGAAUAAUGUUCAGCAGCUUCGGAUUCAGCUGGAGAAGAUGUUUGAGUCUAUGGGAGCCAAACAGUUGGACGUGGAAGCCAGUGAUCUUCUGAAUGAGCUGCAAGUCAAGCUGAACAAUGUGCUGGAUGAGUUGAGCACCAAAUUUGGAAACACGUUCCAGAACCGUAUAGAAGAGUGCAUGCGUCAGAUGGCUGGCCUCCUCUACCAGAUCAAAGGGCCGGUGAACGCCAACAGCCGCAACACAGUAGAGGCUGACUCAGACAACACACUUCGGCCGCUCAUGGACUUCCUGGACUUAAAGCUGACACUGUUUGCUGCAGCAUGUGAGAAGACGGUGUUGAAGAGAGUUCUGAAGGAGCUCUGGAGGAUCGUCAUGAACAGCCUUGAGAAGACCAUCGUCCUGCCUCAGGGCAGUGACACCUUUGGAGCCCAGAUCCUCUCUGCAGCCAAAGAGCUCGGCCAGCUCUCCAAACUCAAGGAUCACAUGGUAUCUGGAGAGGCCAGAAGCCUCACACCCAAACAGUGCGCUGUUAUGGAUGUUGCUCUGGAGACCAUAAAGCAAUACUUCCAUGCGGGUGGGAACGGGCUGAAGAGAGCCUUCCUGGAGAAGAGCCCUGAGCUGUCCUCCCUUCGCCACGCCCUCUCUCUCUACACACAGACCACCGACGCACUCAUCAAAACCUUCGUCACCACACAACAUGCGCAGGGCUCAGGAGUGGACAAGCCAGUGGGUGAACUGUCCAUUCAAAUAGACCUGUUUACCCAUCCUGGAACAGGAGAACACAAAGUCACUGUCAAAGUCGUGGCUGCUAAUGACCUCCAGUGGCAGACCUCGGGCAUGUUCCGUCCGUUCGUGGAGGUCAGCAUGAUAGGCCCGCACCUGAGCGACAAGAAGCGCAAGUUCUCCACCAAGUCCAAGAACAACAGCUGGGCCCCCAAAUUCAACGAGACAUUCCACUUCAUUCUGGGUAACGAGGACGGGCCGGAGUGCUACGAGCUGCAGGUGUGCGUGAAGGACUACUGCUUCGGCCGCGCGGACAGCAUGGUGGGCAUGGCCGUCAUGCAGCUGCGGGACGUUGCCCACAGGGGCAGCUGCGCCUGCUGGUGCCCGCUGGGCUCGAGCGUCCACAUGGACGAGACGGGCCUCACCGUCCUGCGCAUCCUCUCCCAGCGCUCCAACGACGAGGUCGCCAAGGAGUUCGUCAAGCUGAAGUCGGAGACGCGGUCAGCAGAGGGGGAGGCCAGAUGAGAUGAGAUUGCUCAUGCCACGUGUGUGUGACUGUGUGUGUGUGUGGGGGGGGGGGGGGGAGUUGUCAGGGAGAGGGUUAUGGGAGGGUGGGGGAGCGUAGGAAUUUACCAGGGAUUUUUAAAUCAGUACAAAACAGAUGUACUGUUCAAACAGUACCUUCUGAUUAGGAUCAUGAAUUCACAGCCAUCAGGUUUUCAGAGUGUGGAUACCUAUUAGAGACUUAGUUACUGCCAAUGGGAUACCCACUUGAGACCACCCUCAACCAGGGAGUAUCUCAAAAGGACAAGGACUUCUUCCUCAAACUCUGCCUCCCACACAAAAGGACAAUUUUAGUUUUAGGGGGUUUUUGUUUGUCUUUUUUGACGUGAUGGUUAUCCUCUGCCUUCCAAACUGACCACCAUAAUCUACUCGACUGUUUCUGGACUGAAGCUUGUGCGUCAGCUUCGUCUCGCCGAAUCCAUGACACCCAGCCUCCUCCAUCUCUCUUCGCUGUCCUCCUCUCUCACGUGCUCAUUAUGUUCUCCUGUUUUGAUGGAUAGUGUAUUACCACUGUAGAUGGGUCUGCCACAUUGUGUAGCGCACGUCCGUUUCCAGUCGUACUCUGCACCAGUAGAGCAUACAGCGUCACAUGGUCCUUGUGCAAUAUCACUCCCAAAUCGUGGCCAAGUGCUUUGAUGCCUUAUUACUUUGGAUUCUACUACGACUGGCUCCAACACACUGGACUUGAGCGGGAUCUUGAAUGUAGUUUUCACAUCGCCCAUGUUUUGAUAAACCGUUGAUGUAUAUUAGUACAUGGUCCUCCCAUACCAAGUCACAUUUUCAGACAAACCUGGCCUGUAUUUGAGAAUGAGAACAUUGGAAGCAGUUAAGUAGUCAUCAGGUGUGUCUGUGUUUGUGUGUGUACAUUGGAAUCCCCUUACCUUCAGCAAAUUCCUUGUUUGAAGCCGUGGUUAGCUAUCAGUGUGCCUUUUCCUACCACAGUGGUCUGUUACUGUGCUACGUUUCCAACACGCAAUAAGGGGGGUGGGUAAUGGGACUAAGGAUCAUUGUUUAAAUUCAAAGAAACACCUUUCUCUGAAUGAAGACUGCAAGACCAGUGUAUCUUUCUGAAUGUUACAUUGAUGAUUGAGGUUGUAACAUACAUUUAACGAAUUGUAAAAAAACAUACACACAUACAUCACAACAUAAAUAUUAAGUUCUGUAAUGGUGGCCAAAAAUGGGUGUAAUAUCUUUAAAAGUUAUUUAUUGUUUAUUUAUAUAUUUAUUCUGUUGUUAACCUUGUAGUUUCAACACAUAACAGGACUGGUAAGUUUGUUGACACUGUUCUUUGUUGUGUUGGGUGACCCAAGUUGAAUUUUGCACUCAGUGACCAAUGGAAAGGAGUCAAACAUUAUAGCCAGCUUCGAGACCUGAACAUCAACCCAGAAUCUGAGCUGUUUUAAUGUCACUGAGCAGUUGAAGUACAAGGUUUACAGAAGAGCCAACUCUUGUCUAUCUCUAUAUGCGGCCUUAUUUUAGUGAAUAUGGAGUGUGCGUAUGUACGUUAUUUUAUUGUUUCCUUUUUCAUGUAGUGUUUUUUCUGACAAUUUGAAAUGUAAUUUUACCUAAUGUGCAGAUUAUCGUACUAAUGUUUAUUUUCCCCUUAAUCAUGUUUUGUAUGUUACAAUGUUGUUAUUUUCAUUUCAUUCUUCUCAUUGGAAUGAUGCUGACUUUACUUUUUGAAAAUUGUCUUUUAUGUUUUCUUACUGUUUUGGUGUUGGCUCCAAGCCACUGUGUUAUCUGAGGUCCUCACUGAGGCACUUAGUAAUGACAAACUUUUGAUAUAUUUUGUUCAUUAAAACAAUCACAAACGUAUGGAUCCAAACUGAGACAGCAGAGACCAUCAGUUACACCACUGAAGUAAAAUAGUAUUUCCACUGUUAUUCUCUGAUAUUGAAACUGCCUGUUUUUGAAAUGAAUACACAUCUUUUGCCAACCAUCGGAAUCUAGGUGUACUAUGUAUAUAUCCAACCAUACUGCACAACUUCUGGUGAAAUAUCACAUCCACGGUGUACAGUAUGUGAUUUUUGUGGCCAUUGAUAUUGUGGAGUUUGGUUUUGUUUUUCAUCUUGAUCUUUGUGGAGGGAGGUGCAACUCCAUGUUACAUAGAUGUUCCUCGUGCCAAGCUGCACCACCUUUCACUUUUUACUGUGUCUGUUUCAGUUUGUUUUUUAAAUGUUCUUUUUAAAAAAGAAAGGAACAAGUGAAUCUUGCACUUUUGUUCAUCUUUACAAUAACUACAAAGAGAGCAUGCAUUGCAUUAAGUCACAAUAAAAUGAUUUUAUUUCCUUCUUUGUCCAAUGGCAGGAAAGGAUAUAUUGUAUGAAUUGAGAAACAUAUGUACAUUCCAAGUGAUGCAUUUUGUACAUACAUAAAGUAUUUAAAAACA